AUGGCGGUCUUAUUCCUCCUCCUUCUAUUUCUCUGUGGGUGCUCCCGGGCUCCUGCAGAUAACAUCCAGGACAUCUAUGUGGCCUUGGGGGAGACAUUGGAGCUGCCAUGCCCCACACCACCCAACCUGCAAGGGGACGAACUCUUGUCCUGGUUCCGCAGCCCUGCAGCAGGCUCGUCCACUGCCAUGGUAGCUCAAGUCCAGGUGGCCAGGCUGGCACCAGAUCACUGGAAACCUAGAAGGGAGGCCAGGCUCAAACUUCUCGGGAACUACUCUUUGUGGCUGGAAGGGUCCAAGGAAGGCGAUGCUGGGCGCUACUGGUGCACUGUGCUGGGGCAGCAGCACAAGUACCAGAACUGGAGGGUGUAUGAUGUGUCUGUGCUCCGAGGAUCCCAAUUAUCUGCUAGGGCUGCAGAUGGCUCCCCCUGCUCUGUCCUCCUGUGCUCUGUGACCCCUACCAGGCGCCUGGACUCUGUGACCUGGCUGGAGGGGAGGGGUCCUGUGAGAGGCCAUGUGCAACCCUUCUGGAGUGAUGGGGCAGCUCUGCUCUUGGUGUGUCCUGGGGAGGGGCUUCCGGAGCCCAGGGUGCGUAGACCAAGAGUCAUCCACUGUGUCAUGCCUCAGAACAAAGGGCUCAGCUUUACCCUGGCAGCUUCCACAGAUGCCUCUCCUGCCCAUUGUGCCUCUCCCUCGGGCUGGGAUGUGCCAUGGAUCCUGAUGCUGUUGCUCACAGCAGUUCUGGGGUUCACCAUCCUGGCCCUCAGCAUCACUCUCUGCAGGUGGAGGGCCCAGAUGGCUCACUGCAAAGAAGCCUCGAUUCCUCGCUUCAAGCCUGAAAUCCAGGUCUAUGAGAACAUCCAUUUGGCCUGUCUCAGACCACCUGCCCUCAAGACCAGAUGAUCUCAG